AUGGCUGAUGGGCAUGAAUCAAAAUUUAUCGGGAGUAUUAUAAAACAAGUUCUGCAAGAGGUCAACCAGACACCUCUAGAUGUUGCUCAUUACCCAAUUGGAUUAGAUUAUUCUAUCCAACAUAUAGAGUUGUUACUGCAAAGUGGAUGUGAGCAUGAAGUUCAUAUGGUUGGUAUAUGUGGCGUUGGUGGAAUUGGAAAAACAACUCUGGCAAAAGCCAUAUACAAUCGAAUAUUUCGACAGUUUGGUGGUUGUUGUUGCUUCCUUUCAGACAUUAGAUCAAAAGCUGAAGAAUCGGGGUUAAUCAAGCUACAAGAGAAACUACUUUGUCAAAUUCUCAAAACUAAGGAAUUCGAAGUUGAUAGUGUUGCUGAAGGUGUCAAUCUAAUCAAAGCAAGACUUGGGUCAAAGAAAGUUCUAAUUGUUCUUGAUGACGUUGAUCAUAGAAGCCAAUUAGAAUCCUUGGCAAGAGAAAGAAGUUGGUUUGGCUCUGGUAGUGUAAUAAUUAUUACAACCCGAGACGAGCAGUUACUACAUGGGCUUAACACAAGUGAAAUAUACCAGACCGAACUUUUAAAUGUAAAUGAAGCUCAACAACUUUUUUAUUGUCAUGCUUUUAAUAACAGUCUUUCACCACCACAAGAAUAUGUUGAGCUGGCACAAGACAUAAUAAAAUAUUCAGGUGGGCUACCAUUAGCUCUUGUGACAUUGGGGUCACAUCUGCUAGGGAGAUCCGUUGAAGAAUGGAGAGAUGAGUUCAAGAAACUAAAAGCAAUUCCUCAUUGUGAUAUUCAAAAGAUUCUCCAGAUAAGCUUUGAUGGACUUGAUGACAAUACUCAGAGUGUUUUCCUUGAUAUCGCAUGUGCCUUCCAUGGAUGUUUUAAGGAUGAUGUUACCAAAACAUUAAAUGCAUGUGGUUUUUAUUCUGAAAGUGCAAUUUCAACCUUAGUCCAAAGGAACUUGCUCCAAAGGUAUGUGGUUUGUUUGGGGAUGCAUGAUCUAGUGCGGGAUAUGGGAAGAGAAAUCGUUCGCAUGGAAUCACCUCGAGACUCUGGAAAACGGAGUAGAUUGUUCAACCCUCAAGAAGUCUGUGACGUUCUACAAGGAAAUAAAGGUUCUGAAAAUGUAGAAGUACUGGUGGUAGAACGACAUGCAUUAAAGGGUGUGAAGCUGAGCACCAAAGCAUUUCAGAAAAUGAUAAAACUUAGGGUGCUUAAAAUCGACAACUUAAAUAUUAGUGGAGAUUUUGAGCUAUUGUCCAAGGAGCUCAGAUGGUUGUCUUGGGAAGGAUGUCCUUUAAAAUGUAUACCGUCAAAUUUUCCAUCUGAGAAAUUUGUAUUUCUGAAUAUGAAAGGGAGCAAUAUCCAAGAAUUUGGUUUGAAUUUGCAGAAUUGUAGAAGUUUGAAGAAGCUGGAUCUCUCUGAUUGCAAGCACCUCAAAAGUACUCCAAACUUCAAGGGUUCACGAAGUCUCGAGUAUGUGAUGUUUAAAGGUUGCUCAAGUCUUAAGAAUAUCCAUCCAUCAAUAGGGAAUUUGGAAAGACUAAUUAAUCUUCAAUUUGGUUAUUGCAAAGAGAUUACGGAUCUUCCGAGCAGCAUAUGCAAGCUAAAAUCCCUUGAAUACUUGGACAUUAAUGACUGCUCAUCUUUACAAACACUGCCAGUUGACAUUGGAGAUAUGCAAAGCCUAACUCAUCUUUGUGCAUGGCGUACGGGUAUAAGACAGUUGCCUGGAUCUGUUGAAAUGCUAAGAAAUCUUAAAACAUUGCAAGUGGGAGGUGGAAUUUUAGAGGCCAAAAGGAGUUUUUCUCGAAGAAGAGUCUGCCGCAUAGAAUCCUUAUCUAAUUUUAUUUGUGCUUUAUGUCUUGAAAACUGUGGUUUCACUGAGGCUGAUGUUCCUAGGGAUAUUGGGAGUUUAUCCAACUUAUAUCAUUUAGAUUUGAGCGGCAACAAUUUCCUCUAUCUACCCUUUGAUUUUUCCAAGUUACCAUUGUUGGUGUCCUUGUAUUUGAGUGAUUGUAAGGAUCUUCAAACACUCCCGUCAAUAUCAAAUUUACAGAACCUUAAAAUUCUUGAACUUGGGAAUUGCCAAAAACUGGUCGAGAUUACAGGGUUGGACAACCUCCCUUUAAUAGAGUGGAUCAACAUGAUUAAUUGUACUCAUCUGCAGAAUCCAUUCAAUGAAGGCUUCUUUAGUGCCCCUGCUCUAUCAAUUUCGUCUAGAAAACAUCAACUGUAUGAGCCGUCAGUAAAAAUUGUUCUCGAAAGCAAUGAGAUUCCAGAUUGGUGCAGCAAUAAAGUAACAGCUCCUGAAUCUAUUUGUUUGACUAUGCCCACACUACAUAAUGAGGAGUAUAAGUUCUUAGGAAUGGUUCUCUGGUAUGUUUGGCUCUGUUGCAAUGUACCCACCCAUCCUCCACACUUUGUUGUUACUGUUGCCAAUAAAAAGCUUUCAGAUAUUCUGUUUAGUUGGGAUAUUGUUAUAGCUGACAGUCAGAGAGAAGUAUCAGGUGUAUAUUACUUGCCUUGCUCAAAUGUUACACUGUUUGAAGGCCUGGAGAUCAAAGGCGGGGAACAGAUAAGAGUAGACGAUCGCACUGGCGGAGCCGUAGUAAAGAAGAUAGGAGUACAUCUGUUAUAUUUAGACCAACAUGGCAAUGUUACUUCUUUCCCGGCAAAAAAUGUAGUAGAAGAAAAGAAGACAAAAAGAAAAAGAAAAAGAAAAAUGAUGUUUGGUGUCAGUCGUGGACGACUAUUGGUGUGCCCCAUUUCCAGAAAAACUUCAGCAAGGCAUAACAGAGCAAAGUUCUGAUAGUUUUCCUUUGGAUAAAGCUUGGGAAUGAGUGAUGACUGAAUCAACUUUUUUUCCAUUUGUAUACUGCUAGUUUCUUCAACUGCACUAAACCUUAGUUAAAAGAAUUGAAUAUGUAUAGUGAAUAAAGUUAUCAAAUUUUGUUUGAUUUUUGUAAUCAACUUUUUCCAUUUGUAUA